CCGAAGUAUAUUGAAACGUCCCCUACACUUCUGACACCGGUUUGGCAUGUCCGUGUCGUGAGUACCCACAUGACAGAGCGUUUUCGAGGCAUGACAUCACCCGCGCAUCAUCCCGACAUCCACUUCAAACAUCACGUCCUUUUGCCUCCUAUACAUCAGGAUCUUAUCCAUCUAUUCCCGGACUUGUACUACCCAUGCAGGAACAAUCACUGCGCAUAGGCUAAAGAUUAAUGUAAGAAUCAUUGCCGCAUCAUACAAAGUACUCGCCAUGAUGCCGACGACUUGCCGUAUCAUCCAUCUCUGGAUAUAGCGAGAGUAUAAGUAUAACUGUAAGUGGCGAUACCUUGAUUUCCCGUCCAAACAUCAUCCUUCCAUCAUACCUAAGUCCCAGUAACAUCAGAUCAAAAAGAUGCAGCACGUCCUUCAAGCUGGUCUAUCCUCUGGGAUGUCAGCCGUCACUGGCAUCCACAGCGGCAAGCACACAAAGCCCAAUCCAGUCGACCCUUCCUUUGAUGGUCUCGCAGCCGUCAUGCCAGAAGACUGGAUUCCGACUACCGACAAAAAGGUCGUGUACAAGGGAAAGAAUGGUGAUGUCCACGCUCCGCAAUUGUGCAUUGGUGCAUGGUCUUGGGGCGACACUUCUACCUGGCACUGGAAGCCUGAAGAAGAACCCCAUGUCGUCGCAGCAUGGAAGUACUGCGUUAGCAAAGGCGUCAACUUCAUCGACACCGCACAAGUCUACGGCACAGGCAUGAGCGAGACAAUCUGCGGAAGACUAGUCAAGGACAUGCCAAGGGAUAGUUUCGUCAUGCAAGACAAGUACUUCGUCGUGCCUCAAGCAAAAGACGUCCUCCACCCCACCAUGGCCCCUCUGAAGAAACUCGAAACCUCACUCAAGAACUUCGGCCUUGACUACAUCGACAUCUACCUCGUCCACGGCCCCAUCCAUCUACAAACCAUCCCCAUGAUCGCCAAAGGUAUGGCCGAGUGCGUGGAAAAAGGCAUGACCAGGACCGUCGGAGUGGCAAACUACAGUCUCGUAGAUAUGAUCAAGAUGCAAGACGAACUAGCCAAAUACGGCGUCCCCCUCGCCAUCAACCAAGUCGAAUUCUCUGUCCUCCGCCGCGAACCAGAACUCUCUGGUCUCCUCCAAGCCUGCAAAGAACGCGGUAUCGUCUUACAGUCCUACUCCUCGCUCGCUCAAGGUCGCCUCACGGGUAAAUACACAUCUGACAACCCACCGCCGAAGACGUACCGCUUUUCCAGCUACGAUAUGAAGGACAUUGAGCCUGUCAACUUGGUAUUGAAGAAGAUUGCGGAUAAGCAUGGUGUACCGCAGAGUGCUGUUGCGCUGAAUUACAAUAUGUGCAAGGGUAUCACGCCGGUCUGUGGUGUGAGGAAGGAGGAGCAGGCUGUUAGCAAUUGUGCGGCGCUGGGGUGGAGGUUGAGUAAUGAGGAGAUUAGGAAGAUUGAUGGGGUUAGCUUUCACGGGCAUACUACGAGUUUGUGGCAGCAAGUGAGGGUGAUCACAGAUCCUGCGCCAGCGGUUGAUCUUGGUAAAAUCGUCCAUCCACGGUUCAGAUGCUUCGGACUUGACUACUAUGUCUACAUUGAGCCCCUUGUUAUCAUCAUGAACCCAUACUCCUUCGACGGCAAUCUCGAGAUACUCGCUCCAUCGGCACUGAGAGGCAGUGGAACUGUCCAAAUCUGUGCUUAG